AUGCGUACCUCGGUCAUUCUCGCCUCGGCCGCCGCCCUCGCCGGCACAGCACUCGCUACCCCCAGCGCAAAGAUUACCGUCGAAGCAUCACACAGCGGAAUCAACAACACAUCAAAGGAGUUCAUCACCGUGCCCAUCGGCCCUGUCUACACCAACUCGCAGGCUCUGGCUGCUGUUUCGAAGCUGUCUUUGACGGGGGCCGACGGUGUGGCGCUUGAGAGCAUCACCUGCACGCCAUACCACGCCACGAACGGUACCGGAUCUGGCGGCCUGCCUUUCACUAGCAGCAAGCCAUCACUCCUUUCCACCAACACUGUUCAAGUUGGCAGCAUUGUCUGCAAGGUCACCAGCGGCUCCUCUACUGGCACCAUCUCGGCACCGGCUCCCGGUUCCACGGGUUCGGCCGGCAACAACCCUUCCAACGGUACCACGACGCUCUUGACCACUUACACACCAACUUCCGCUCCCACAUCAGCACCCACCAGCUCCUCGCCACCGGGGACUAAUGGUGCCAUGAGCAGUGUCAAUAUCCCGUACACGAUGUCGGCGCUGCUCCUGGGAGCCGCGGCCUUCAUGUUCGCCAUGUAA